UUUAUGCCCUCCGUUAUCCAUUCUGGAUUUCUUCUAUAGGCAACGGUCGCAUCUCCCGUAUGCUCAUAAUAGCAUGGGGCACAGCAGUUUUCUCAAUGCUACCACAGCUCUAUGUUUGGCGAGAGGUGAACUUCGGAGAGUUCCGUCAAUGUGUUACCAUGUGGACGGAAAAGAUAAAUCUAGUCGAUGAAGCAAAUCAGACCUCAAUGACAGGAGCGGAUAUUCAACUGAUGAAACUUUACGGGAUACAAAAUGUCUUUAUCACUUUUUACAUUCCACUAGUAAUACUUGUCGCCUGUUAUGUGCUGAUUCUAAAGGACAUCUAUAGAACCCUAAACGCUACUGAACCAGAAAGAUCCUCAGCUUUAUACAUCUCGGAGCUCAGUAAGCUUUCAACCAGUAAACGAUGGGCCAGGAAAGAAAAAGAGAGCGCUGUGUCUUUGACUAGUAGGGCUAUUCGUGGCCAAGACAAAUUGCGCAGAGCGAAGGUACGCUCACUACGAAUUACACUUUUGCUCAUAAUUGUUUAUGUGGUCACAUGGUUACCGAACAAUCUCCUUUCAUGGUGGAUGGUAAUUUCGUUUGACACUUAUCGCGACUAUCAAGAUGCAAUGUUUCCUCUAGCAUUCCUCGUCGUUAUGAACAGUGUCAUAAACCCAUUCAUUUAUGGAAGGUGGCAAGGAUUGAAAAUGAUAUUCACUUGCGGAGAAGUAGGGAAGAAACCAAAGAAGCUCUGCUACAUACUACGUUGUUAACCGCGGUCAUGUUUCAUGUACAUAUGCUUGUUGAUCUCAGGUUUUAAUGAACAUUCA